AUGUUAGUGAAGAAGAAGCCCAUCUCGUCGGACUAUGGGAAUUGGGACUCGCCAAUCACCUCCGACUUUGUUGUUUCCAAAGUCCGGUCCUUCAUAGCUCCUCGUCCACGCACCGGACGGGCGUACUUCGCCGAGAGCAACGGCGCACGAAGAACCAUUGUGCAAGUCUCUCCCGACGACACUCUGAAGGAAGUCCUGCCUGAAGAUUUAAGCUGCCAGAAUACGGUAUACGAAUACGGCGCCGGCUUAUACGAUGUGCUGCCCGAUGGACGGCUCAUCUUCUCCGACCAAGACAACGCAGUGAGGAUCUUGGAGCCAGACGCAAAGUAUUCGUCCGUGCUGCUCCAAUCUCCCACCUUGCGAUAUUCGAGUUUCCAAGCGAACAAAAAGACCCCGUGGGUGCUCGCAAUCGAAGAAGACCACACAAAAACCUCUGCCGCCAAUGUCAGAAACUAUCUUGUGGCCAUCGACAUCCUGACGGCUGAGGUCAAGAGGAUCGUCUCCGGUGCCGACUUUUACUAUAUACCGCAGUCCAAUGCGGACGGAACCAGGAUUGCAUGGCUUGAAUGGAACCAUCCGGGACUGUUCAUUGAUGCCUGCAAGCUGUAUGUCGCUGAUUUCCACCUGGAUGGUACUAUUAGCGGUGUCCGUCACAUUGCUGGUGGAAACGGCGAAAGCACCACAGAGCCGCGAUGGGGCGUGGAUGGAGCUACUCUAUUCUUUGCGCAGGAAAGCGGCGGCUAUCGUCAGCUCUUCAGGCUCAAUCCUGGUGGUACCACUCCCAGCAAGAUCAAGCUCAGGGGUUUGGAGACGUCAGAGUUGGGCGAAGUCAGCUUCUUGGAGGGGAGCUGUACGUUUGUCCCCGUCACGGAAAGAUUCAUGGCAGCCGUCGGCACAUCAAACGGCACGCGCCGUCUCCUCAUCAUCGACCUCCACGAUGACUCGUGGCGAGAGGCUGCUGAUGGGGAUGUGCUCUGCCACACUGCCUGGGAUGCCGUUGCUCGAUUCGACGACUCUCAUGUCAUUAUAGUUGGCACCGGGACUCGUAUUCCCCACGCAGUACACAAAAUCAACAUUCACCAGCCAGAACGCAGCAAGAUCCUGCGCCUCGCGGUCGACGAGCAGUUUCCCAAGGAACUCAUCGCCGAACCUGAUCUCAUCUGCCUCUCCUCCAAGGGAUUCCCGAACCAUACCAUCUAUGGGUUCUUCUGGGAACCCACCAGCGACAGGUACGAACUGGACCUGAGCGUUCCAUUCCCGCUCAUCAUCAACGCCCACGGCGGUCCGACCGCUCAUGCCGGCCCCGGGCUCUCAUGGAGGAUCCAGUACUUUACGUCCCGGGGCUACGGCUACUUUGCCAUGAACUACACGGGCUCGACCGGCUACGGACGAGACUACCGCAACGCCCUAUGGGGGAACUGGGGCCACGUCGAUGCUGCCGAUGCCGACGCCGCAGCCAGCUGGUUCGGCCAGAUCAGCGCCAUCGGCAAGAUUGGCAUCACCGGCAUCAGUGCCGGCGGCUACAACACGCUGCAGUGCCUGACGCGGUUCCCCGAUACGUUUGCCGGCGGAGUCUGCGCGUCUGGCGUCUCGGAUCUGAAGAAGUUUGAUGAGAAGACGCACAAGCUGGAGCUGCACUACACGCAGGCACUCGCCCUUCCAAAGGACGCAAGUGACGAGGAGCGAGACGAGAUUUAUAGAGAACGCAGCGCGCUAUACCAGGUUGAUAAGUUCAAGGCCCCCCUGUUGCUGCUGCACGGCCAGGAGGACACGGUUGUGCCCUUGGAACAGGCGCGGCUGAUUGCAGCGUCGCUUGAGAAGAGUGGGAAAGAUGUCAAGCUUGUGGAGUUUCCUGGUGACGGUCAUACGCUUUCUCACCCGGAGAGUGCAAAGGGAUGGCUGGAGGAGGAGGAGAAGUGGUGGAGAAAGACUUUGCUGUGA